AGAAGUGUGGGAAAGGAAUAGAAGCUUGAAAGUAGAAAACCCCCCUUGUUUGAUUUCCACUCAUAUCCAGUGGGCAGCAGUGCUUCAAGUAGCAGCCAGCUAAUUCCCGCGACAUCGACUUCGCACCAACCAAACACACUUAGCUUCCUCUCACUCACUCAAACCCACUUAACCACCGUCAUUUAUAUAAACCGCACCGUUUUGCUUAUUUCUCAUCAUCACCAUCACAAAUAACUUUCACUUUCUCUUUCUCUCUGGCAUUAUCACAAACACUUUCUAUACAAUGGAGUACGGAAGGCUUGGUCCUACUGACUUAUCUCGUGCCGAUGAAACUCCGGUUAAUAGGCCGAGAUCCUCUACAACUGCCAACACCAAAAUUAUACUCUUCUCGCUUCUUGCUAUUGUUCUCAUUGUCGCUUCUGCCAUCUCCGCCGUACUUGUUACCGUCGUCCGAUCUCGCGCUUCCACCGACGACGGACGAUUAAAGGAACCUACGCUCGCUGGCAAACCGACGCAGGCCAUCUCACGCACCUGCAGCAGGACAAGGUUCCCGGACCUUUGCGUUAACUCGCUUCUCGAUUUUCCGGGAUCCACGGCGGCGACGGAGCGGGACUUAGUCCACAUUUCCUUCAACAUGACGCUGCAACACUUUACUAAAGCGCUCUACAUCUCCGCUGCGAUUUCCUCCUCCGGUGUGUACGCCUCCAUGGAUCCACGCUCCCGUGCCGCAUACGACGACUGCCUUGAGCUUCUCGACGAGUCCGUGGACGCCAUAUCAAGAUCUCUCACUACAGUCUCUCCCUCCGGCGCAUCUCCCGGCGGCACUGUACGACCGCUUGGAUCGUCCUCGGACGACGUGCUCACGUGGCUGAGCGCCGCGCUUACAAACCAGGAGACGUGCGCCGAGGGGAUGGAAGGCGCCUCCGGCGCCGUGAAGAGCCAGAUGGUGAACAACCUGAAGGACUUGUCGGAGCUGGUGAGUAAUUGUUUGGCGAUAUUCUCGGCUUCCGGUGCCGGCGACGACUUCUCCGGUGUCCCUAUACAGAACCGGAGAAGGUUGAUGGCAAUGCGAAAGGAAGAGGUGGCGGAGAAGGAGGAUUUCCCUAAGUGGCUGAGUAAAAGAGAUAGGAGGUUGUUGAGUUUACCGGUUUCGGCCGUACAGGCGGAUGUCAUCGUCUCAAAGGACGGUAACGGCUCCGUCAAGACCAUCGCCGAAGCCAUUAAGAAGGUGCCGGAGUACGGUAGCCGGCGAUUUGUUAUUUACAUAAAGGCAGGAAGGUACGAAGAGGACAAUUUAAAGGUGGGACGGAAGAAAACCAACGUCAUGAUCAUAGGGGACGGCAAGGGCAAGACGGUCAUCACGGGCGGUAGAAACGUUUUGCAGGAAAUGACCACAUUUCAUACUGCAUCCUUUGCUGCGAGUGGCUCUGGAUUCAUCGCAAGAGACAUGACAUUCGAGAACUACGCGGGCCCAGCGAAGCACCAAGCGGUGGCUCUCCGCCUCAGUUCAGACCACGCGGUGGUUUACCGGUGCAACGUCAUAGGCUACCAAGACACAUGUUACGUUCACUCAAACCGUCAAUUCUUCAGAGAAUGCGACAUAUACGGUACCGUAGACUUCAUAUUCGGCAACGCCGCAGUGGUAUUCCAGAACUGCAGCCUCUACGCUCGAAAGCCCAUGCCCCAACAAAAAAACACAAUAACGGCCCAAAACAGAAAAGACCCGAAUCAGAACACAGGCAUUUCGAUCCAUAACUCUCGGAUCCUAGCCACGUCAGAUCUCCAGGCAUCUAAGGGUAGCUUCCCAACAUAUCUGGGCCGUCCAUGGAAAAUGUACGCUAGGACCGUAUACAUGAUAUCAUACAUCGGUGAUCACGUGCAUCCACGUGGAUGGUUAGAGUGGAACACAAGCAAUUUUGCACUGGACACGUGUUACUACGGUGAGUACAUGAAUUAUGGGCCGGGUGCUGCCAUCGGUCAACGGGUUAAAUGGGCUGGGUAUCGGAUCAUCACGUCCACCGUGGAAGCAAGCAGAUUCACGGUGGGCCAAUUCAUUUCAGGCUCCUCGUGGUUGCCGUCCACCGGAGUGGCCUUUAUUUCUGGCCUAUCAACCUGAGAACAAGAACCUAGAUCUUUUUUCACAAUGCACAUGGACAAACCCAAUUUGGCAUUAUAAUUUUUAUUUGUAAUUGUACUAAAGUAGAAAAAUAGUGGUAUGUUUUUUGUUUUUUUCCCUUCGGGCAUAAUGUUU